UCCAUUACAGUGAAUCAGUAACCAAGGACCAUAUGACCCCUGCUCAGAGGGACCUGAACAGGAAGGUGAUCCUGGCAAAAUAAAGGAAUACAGCCUCCCUAGUUCCCCCUGCCUUUGAACACUUCCUCUUCCAUGUGAGACCCUGUUGUCUACCGCAUCUUGUCAUCCUUGGGUAGAUCUCCUUCGCUAGUAUGGAGAUCGGGUGACGUGUGUAACUUCUGUUUCUUCUGUCAGAUGGGGAAACUGGGACCGAGGAGGUAUUGAUUCCAAAGUAUUGUUUCUGAGCCAUCAGGAUCUCAUACUUUGAAGAGAACCCCAAGGAGGUUUUGCCAAGGAAGUCAAAAUCCAGAAAGCUCCAGCGAAGGGAAGGAGGAGACUCAAAAGGCCACUGGGAUGCUCCAAGCCAGAGAAAAUGAGGAGAAAGACAAGAAGCUUCAAACACAAGACAGUUAAAGACAAUAAGACACUCACAGGAGUGAGUGACCAAGAAUCCAAAAAACAUGGCAGUCAGUGCUUCGAUCCUGCAACAAAUGAGAGAAUUCAGGCGGGAAAGAGACAGUAUGUGUGUGCCGAGUGUGGGAAAGCCUUUAGUCAGAGUGCGAACCUUACAGUACAUGAGCGAAUCCACACAGGAGAGAAACCCUAUAAGUGUAAAGAGUGUGGAAAAGCCUUCAGCCAUAGCUCCAACCUUGUUGUGCAUCGGCGAAUCCACACGGGACUGAAGCCCUACACGUGCAGUGAAUGUGGGAAAUCUUUCAGUGGUAAGUCGCACCUCAUUCGCCACCAGGGAAUCCACAGUGGGGAGAAAACUUACGAAUGUAAGGAGUGUGGGAAAGCUUUUAGUCGGAGUUCAGGGCUUAUUUCACAUCAUAGAGUUCACACCGGGGAGAAGCCAUACACUUGUAUCCAGUGUGGGAAAGCCUUUAGCCGUAGCUCAAACCUUACUCAGCAUCAGAGAAUGCACAAAGGAAAAAAAGUUUACAAAUGUAAGGAGUGUGGGAAAACAUGUGUGUCCAAUACAAAGAUUAUGGACCAUCAGAGAAUUCACACAGGGGAGAAGCCUUAUGAAUGUGAUGAGUGUGGAAAAGCUUUCAUCUUAAGGAAGACCCUUAAUGAACAUCAGAGACUUCAUCGUAGAGAGAAACCUUACAGAUGUAAUGAGUGUGGGAAAGCUUUUACUUCUAAUCGAAACCUUAUCGAUCAUCAGAGAGUUCACACUGGAGAGAAACCCUAUAAAUGUAACGAAUGUGGAAAAACCUUCAGACAGACUUCUCAAGUUAUUCUGCAUUUGCGAACCCACACUAAGGAGAAACCCUAUAAGUGCAGUGAGUGUGGAAAAGCCUAUCGUUACAGCUCACAGCUAAUUCAACACCAGAGGAAACAUACUGAGGAGAAAGAAACCUCAUAAAUAACAUGUAUUGUUGGUAGGAGGACUAAUUGCUACUUUCCAGAAAAGCAGUUUUUCAGUAUCAUCAAUUUAAUUGUAUUUCUAAAAACGCAUACAGGGAAAGUAAUCAGAAGCAGACUGAUUAACGUAUGAGAGAUUCAUGCCAGCAAGGUGUAGAGUU